AUUGCUUAACGCGCAUGCUCGGAAUUCUCCACAACAAACUCGAAAAGCGGGACAGGUGCUUCAGGUGGUCCCUGAAGGAGAUAUGGUGUGGUGGUGUGACCACAUUAUCAGAGGUUUUAAUUCUCUAUUUGCACCUAAAUAGACAUAAAAUAGUAGAAGCACCACAGAAGAUUCAGGAUGACAUCGCGGGCAAAGACAGCAGUUGACACCGCCUCCGUGUCUGAGAAGAGUGAUAACCCAGAUGAUCAGGAAGAUGACGAAGAUGAAGAAGAGGAGGAGGAAGAAGAGCAAGAAGAUGAAGAGACAGAGGAAGAAGAAUUAGACACAGAGUCAGAAAAACCAGUUAAAAAGAAGGCUUGGAGGCCUAAGAGUCAAGAACAUACAAAUGUUGUAUGGACAGGCAGUGGGAAAAGGACCCCUGUUCUAAUAUUUAAGCCCCAAGCUCUAGAAAAGAAGGAACCUCAGUAUAAAGUAAUAGGAGAAAAGUACCACUUGGCCUACAAGUUAAUAAGGACAGAGUGUAAAUUAUUGAGAUCAAUUCUCUCUGCGCAUGGUUUUCAUGAGGCACACCCAAACAGCAAUGAUUUCAAUCUGAUGUGGACAGGUUCUCAUCUGAAGCCUUACACUCUCAGGACCCUGACUGAGUUCCAGAAAGUUAAUCAUUUCCCCAGGUCUUAUGAAAUAACAAGAAAGGAUCGACUUUUCAAAAAUAUCCAGCGUAUGCAGCACACCAAGGGACCGAAACAUUUUGACUUUGUCCCUCCUAGCUUUAUUACACCGGGGGAGUUUCAGGACUUCUGUACUUACUAUUUAAAAGACAAGGGACCAUGGAUUGUGAAACCAGUUGCCUCAUCUCGAGGCAGAGGCAUUUUCCUCAUCAAUCAUCCGGAACAGGUCCCGCUUGAUGAAACUGUGAUUGUGUGCAAGUAUAUCCCAAACCCUUUGCUGAUAGAUGGGUUUAAGUUUGAUGUCAGGUUAUAUGUGGGGGUGACAUCCUACGACCCUCUGUUGAUUUACCUGUUUGAAGAAGGUCUUACAAGGUUUGCCACUGUGAGAUAUGACAAAAAUGCCAAAAGUCUCAGGAAUCAUUAUAUGCAUCUUACAAACUACAGUGUCAACAAGAAGAGCAAAGACUAUGUAGGGAAUGAUGACCCUGAUGUUGAAGAUUAUGGCAAUAAGUGGUCCAUGGGUGCUAUGUUGAGGUAUCUGAGCUCAGAGGGGUAUGACACUACAGCUCUGAUGAUGAGAAUAGAAGAUGUUGUGAUCAAAACCAUCCUCUCGGCUGAGAUGCCCAUUGCUACUGCUUGUAAAAUGUUUGUGCCAUUCAAGGGAAAUUGUUUUGAAUUAUAUGGGUUUGAUAUUCUGAUAGAUUCUAACCUCCGCCCCUGGAUCUUAGAGGUUAACCUUUCCCCCUCCCUGGCAUGUGAUUCUCCACUGGACUUGAAAAUCAAGGGUCACAUGCUGUCGGAUCUUUUCAGUCUAACAGGCUUUGUGUGUCAUGAUCCUAUGGUGAGGAAGCCAGCACAGAGUAACAGAAAUCAAGAUGUUCAGAAUAAAAACCCUGCUAGAGCUCAGAAGAGGUUUAUUACUCUCAAAGUGGAUCUCAAGUCAGCGCGACCUCCCACGAGGUCAACUGUGCGACAGAGAUCUGGUUCCUCAACAUCGCAGCGUACGCGUCCCCAGUCAGCAGGCUCUGCUGGCGGCAAGGAGUCAAAGGGAGGCUCUGGGUUGUCAGCUGAGGAUGGGCGAACACUGCGCAGAGUGAAAGAAGAAUACAGCAGGCGCGGAGGUUGGGUCAGAAUAUUCCCGACUGCGGACUCAUGGGAUCUUUACAGUCAGUUCAUGGAGUUUAGUACCACUUCCAAUCUGAUGCUACACCAAAGGCUCUACCCCUAUAGGCACCAGGUACAGGGGAAGUCAGGCUACUCUACACAGACAUCAAAACUCAAGUCAGUCCAUAUUCACAGUGCCCCAAGACCUAUUCUUGGAUCCGAGGUCAUCAUGAGCAAGAUUAAAAAUAUGAAGUUUGAGGAGCUCCUGUCGCAUGCUGUGAAACGUGCCCAGCAAUAUGAAAGGAAGUUGUCGACAGGGACAAAGAAGAAAAGACGUGUUACAAAGAGAAGACCAUCAUCUGGGUGUCCUCAAACUAAGAAGGGUCCAUUCAAAGGCACUCUAGUGCAGGGAGUUCCAGAGGGGGAUGAGACCCCGACGUCCCAAUCCGCUAAGUCUGAGAUGUCAUCACGUCCUGGAAGCAGUGUACAGACCAAUAAACCUGGAGCUAAGCAGAACACGGCACAACAGCAGCAGCAAGGAAAAGGUGAUGAACCUAAAGUACCACCACAGCAGAAGCCACAAGUCACUUACAACUACAACCAGCCAUCUACUGUCAAGAAACCCCCUCAGACUCAGCCAGACCCCUCUGCACCCCCACCCCCCAUGGUCAGACAGGAACCCCAGGGACAAGAAGCACCGCCACCCCCUGUCUCCUCCUACCAGUACAAGGCCCCGCCCACCCCCGCCCCAGCCAGUUAUAACCAGCUGAACAGACCCAGGACUACGGAGCCAGUGACCACCAGAAAUAAAGUCAUCACCAAUUUUGAGACAGCGUCUGUUAUUCAGCCAGCGCCGCCACCACCAAAGUUUGACGUGGUUGGUGUGUUGGAGAAGGGAGGAAGUUUAAGUAAAGUCCAGGCGAGGUCAGCAUUUGCCACGUAUUUGUCCCGUGUCCAGGAGCGUCUGAUGUCAGAGACAGGCAGCAGUGACAAGGGAGACAGAGAGGCAGCCAAUGAGCAGAUGGAUUUGGUGCUCCGGUUCCUGAAGAGGGCGGCCGUCAACCUUCAGCAGCCAUUUAAGGUGGUCGUCCCCAGCAGGAAGUUACCCAUCAAUGACAGGAGACGGAUUCUAUCCAAGCAGCUGGGGGAUUUUGUCCAUGUCUACUCUAGGGAGACGGACCAGCUGAGGCAGAGGACAAAAGUGGAAGAGAAACAUCUGAAGAAAGACAAGAUUGACAUGAACAUGGUGGAUGAGGACAAGUUUGGGCAGUUUAUGAAUGUAGCUGGUGAGAGUGAGCUGGAAAAAGUGCUGACCACUUACACCAAGAUGAACAAGUCUGCCAGUAUUUUCUUGGGCAGUAAUUCCAAGUCCAGCUAUGAAGGCCCACCGGUCACUGCUCAGGCCACUCAGUCUGAUAUCUCACUGACCAGGAGAAAGGAGGGGUCGGAUAUGGCAGGGAAGGAAAACAGGGGCAUCAGGGUGCCCCAGGAGACACAGGGUAGUAAUGAAACUGAUACUGUGCAAAUACAGAGAGAACAAUCUGGCACCAGACAGAACCCCCUGUCCUCCUAUGCUGGUGCUGUGCCUAUCUACAGUGCUAAGCUGACUAACAACAACAUAAAACAGAGACCAGCAUCAGCUAGUACACAGAGAAGUGGCAUGUCUCGCACCAACUCUCGACCUGGGUCAGGACGUCCUAUGUCAGCUGGCUCCAGCCGAUCUCGGCCCUCAUCAGCCACUGUGUAUAGAGAAAGACCAGACGGAAGCUCAGCCCCCCAUCACUAUACAGACUCUUACAAUGAGAACACAGUGAAUGAAGCUCUGCACAGGUUAGCACAGCGACAACAAGCACGCACCUACGCCCCGGGCAGCACGUCCAACCUACUGGGACCCAACGGAGCCAAGGAGCCUGUGCAGCCGAGUAGAAACCACCUGAGAACUCAGUCCCUGGAUAGACCUGCUGCCAUGAGAAGUCAGAGUAACACCAGUCUGUUAACACAGUCCAGCUCUGGUCACAGCUCUAGGAGUUCUAACAGUGGUCCUGUGAAACCCAUCACAUUCCCUAACAGUUACAACAAUGGGGAUUCUGGUCAGAGGUCAAAGGUCAGCCAUGCUGGAGAUGGAGGUCAAAGAUCACAGCCUGGUUCUGGUGGAGAUAUGAGUCAAAGGUCACAGGGUGGUCGUCCUGGAGAUGUGGGUCAAAGGUCAAUAACCAGCCUUGGUAGCAAUGAUAGGACAAGUACAGGGAAGCCCCCAGUCAGUAGAAGUAACUAUAAUGACUAUGUAGCUUCCUAUCACUCAGAGGGGAGAGCCAGAACUUCCCUGGACCUUACAGCAAACAUGGCUGGACACCACUCCCACACCAAGUCUGCACCUCCUAACAAGAGAACCCACCUGCAGUCAGCCAAUGACACAUUCAAUAGUUUUGCCUACGAGGAAGAUGGCUUUGUUUACAAUGAUGAUGGUGACAGUGACAAUGAGGCAUGGUCUAAUGCCUAUAACCAAGUGACGGGGGUGUCACCAUUGAGCUCAGGGUACGUCCCAUCACGAGGUAGUACCCAGUAUCAGCUGGCUCAGCAACAGCAGCAGAUGAAGCAACAGAAGAUGAUAGAGCAGAGCCGUACCAUGCUAGAACAGAGUAAAGCCAAACACCAGGCUAUGAUAGCACAGGCCCACGCUGCUCAGCAUGCUAAGAUGGCCAAGGAGCCAGAGAGUGCCAUGCAGCAGUACGCACCUAAACCCCCCUCCCAACCCCCCAGUAUGAGGAAACCCACCAGUAGUCACAGGCUGGCCAGUCUAACCCAAGUCACCAGUUGAAGAUGUAGUCACAGUUAGCUGAGGUAGGUGCUGGCCACUGAGCUGUCCAGUGGUGUACAAGAUGAAGAUGAGGACCCCAUGGUGGACAUCAUCCUCCCCCUAAAUACUGGAGGUCAAAGGUCAACAGCAGCCUCAGUUUCUAUUGGACAGACAGGAGCCUGGUGAUUGGUGGAGGUCGGAGGUCAAAUGAAAAGGAGCCUGGAGAUUGAUGGAGAUCAGAGGUCAACAGCAGCCUCAGUUCUGAGAAGGGAGAAGUUUUAUUAUCAAGGUGAAAUAAUAAACUAAGAUGGACAGUGUCACCAUAUGGUUUUACGAGCUUCAUUUUUUACGCACCACAUCUACCAUCACGACAAUCAAUAUAUUGCUUGUUACUCUAUUUCUUAUUCACCAAAUAUGUUCCAUCAGUCAAGUAUGCACCAAGAAGUUAUUUAUCAUUAUGCAUUGUUAUAUAAGUUGCUGGGAGGAUAUUUUAUGUGCCUGUGAUACAAAGAUUAGAAUGUAAAAGAUGAAUGGUUGUGACUUGUUGUGAAAAUUUUAAGGCGGGGGAUUUUGUUUUUGUUGCUGUUGAUGUUAAUUAUGUUUUAAAAAGUUUUAUUCCAGUCCUAUAAAUUUUGAUAUAGAGUGCAUAUAUAUGAAUUUAUUUGGGUUACAAUUACAGCUGCAUUAAAAUGCAUAAACGUUUUCUCAAAAGAAUUUUGAAGGUUUUCUGUAUUUAUGCACCUUUGGACAAGUUUUAUUUUUAUUUUUUACAUAUAGAUGUUCAUUUGAAUCAUGUUCAGAUUUAUCAGUCCUAAGGCUUUUUAUUUUUAUAUAAAUGCUUAAGAAUUAAACAACUUACACUUUAUGAAAGACAUUAGAUAUGAUUACUUUUAUGUCAAAUAUAUCCAGUGUAUGGAAAAAGGACCUGGCACUUUUUGAAUGUGUUUAAUCUGUCAUUGAAUUCAUUUAGAUGUGUUUAUUGUAAUUCCAUAUAUUUCAUCAAUUCCUUGUUGAAUGUAGAUCACAUGAAUUCACAUAAACUGCAUUCAACACCAUUUAUCAAUGAAGAAAAUGUUUUUAAGAUGAGAUUAUCACCUGACCAUAAGUUAGCAGUUUGAUUGCAAUUUCAUUGCUGUUAAGCUGUCCAUUUUUAGAAAUUAGCCCUAAAAUGGUUGAAAAAUAGCUGAAUGUGGCUUAGAAUUUAUCUUGAUAAGACAGCGUACUUACCAGUAAAACAUUAACAUUGUGAAAAAGACUAAUGUUACUGGUGGCAGGGACACCAUUGUGAGCCAAGUUCUAUUUGGCCAAAAGCACCUGUAGCUGACAACACAUGGACUUUGUGGAAUUGAAAAGGGAUUUUACAAAAGAUUGGAGAUGAACUGAUUUAUGUACAAAUAUAUAUUAACUGUGGUUGAAUUGGAGUAUAUGACUGGACCUUGAAGGGCUGUUAUAAUGCCACAUGAAGAUUAUAUUUGCAUGCAGUUUUUGUAUUCACUGAUGCAGGUACCACUAACAGGGUAAAGUAGUUUAUUUCUUAGCAAAUCAAGUGUUCCCUUAGCAACAGUAGAAGGGAUGCACAUAUAUUUUCCUGCAAAUGUAACACUAGGAUUUUCAUUGGUCAGGGAAAAGUUCAUCAAAACCAAUUUUGUUUCAUAUUGAAAUUAAAUUGUUAACCAGCCAUUUAA